AUGAUUUCUUCCACUCUGCAAGAGGCAGGUGCUGCUGCCGAAGGUGGCGUCUCGGUUGCCAUGUACGAGUGGUCUGCAGGCCUACUGAUUUUCUUCCUGGGCUUUGGCCUGGCACCGCUGUACCUGGGCCUUGACUUGACCACGACGCCGGAGUGGUUCGAGAAACGCUUUAGCGUCCAUUGCCGCCUGGUUCUGGCCGUCAUCUCCAUGGUGGCCUAUGUGAUCACGAAGAUCGCUGCUUCACUGUUUGCAGGGGCUGUUCUGUUCGAAGUCAUGUUGGGCGUGUCGAUGUGGACCAGCGUGCCAUUCAUUUUGCUGUUCACAGCGAUCUAUGCUGCAUUUGGUGGGCUGCGUGCGGUGAUGUACACGGAUGCCGGACAAGCGACUAUUUUCCUCAUAGGCGGCUUCGUUGGCAUGGCGGUGGCCUUCAGCAAGAUAGGUGGAAUCGCUGGCCUUGCCGACACGCUGGAGAGGAACGACUUAAGCUACAUGCUGACAACGCUGCGGCCACCAUCCGACAAGCAGUUCCCCUACACAGGAAUGCUGCUGGGGCAGCCCUUGUCGUCCAUGUGGUAUUGGUGCGUGGACCAGACGAUGGUCCAACGCGUUCUGAGCGCCAAGGGCGUGGUGCACGCCCGAAAGGGCUGCCUUCUUGCAGGUUAUCUCAAAAUCCUACCUCCCUUCCUUAUGGUGUUCCCUGGCAUCAUUGCCCGUGCCUUCUUCGCAGAGUGUCAGCGAACAGAGGGCCAGCUGCACGGCGACUGGUGCGGAACAGACCUCGGUGAUGCCAAUGAGUCGAGCAAAGCCUACCCGCUGCUCAUCGCCAAGAUGUUUCCAGAUGGUCUUCGAGGCCUUCUGAUCGUUUCCAUGGUGCUGGCCAUGAUGUCCAGCUUGGACUCGGUGUUCAACUGCUUAUCCACCAUCUUCACGUACGACAUCUACAAACGCUUCCUCCACCCGGAGGCUUCGCGUCGUCGGCAAGUGUGGAUUGGCCAGCUGGCCACGGGUGUCGCCGCCCUUUGCGGGCUGGCCUGGCUCCCCAUGAUUGCCAACAGCGCAAACG